AUGCUUAGCGAUGUCACCAGACAACAAGCAAUCCACGCCAAGUGUCUGACAGCCUACUCCCAGAUUUUUCACGUGAGCCAGCGAUGUCGUACCGUCUGCGGACGCGACGUGUGUCCCGCUCGCCUCACAUUCGGAUCCAAGCGCCUAUGCCGCCACGACACUCGCCUCGCGUCCGGAGCCAAGCUGCUACGCCACCACGACGCUCACCUCGCAUCCAGAGUCGAGUGGCUACGCCACUACGUCGUUCCCCGCGCUUACAGGGUACAACACCUACCACCCACGCCAUUUAACGUUAUCGGUCAAGCUGGCACUCUUCCGGUCCUGCCGACGACCCUACUCCGACCCGGACGUCCGUGGGGUUGAUUUGGCAGCACUUUCGCAAGCAAACCGGUAGUCCACAUCCGCACGCGGACUGUAUCUAUUGUGACUUGAUGUUGCGCAACGGCCAACCAAGUAUAAACAUCACACCGCAUAUCGGUCGCUGUGAACGUACUUCAAAUGCGGUAAAGCAACAGUUUAUCCGGCUGAGUUGACACACUCAACCCGACCAGGUUGAAGCAGACGGCGUUGUAGUCAGAUCUAACACUACGGCUGAGGUUUCGUACGACCAAGCUGUAUGCCAGUACUUGAUCCCCGCGGUUAAUUUUCCAUCUCGCCUUGCAAACCAAGAAAACC